GGGUGAGUCACUCAGAUCUGCACUUUACACCCCACUGCUGGCCGUCUGCUGCUGCCCGGCUGUUUGCCUUCAUGACUUUCACAGAUUUUUUUCAGGAGUGGAUUAUCAAACACCAGAAGUCAAAGGAUUAAUUCUGCUAUAAGAGGACUGUUAUUACUUUACUGAAGUUUUAUUUUGUUCAACUUUAUUGGAUGUUAAUGAGGGCUCUGUCCAUGUCCUCUGUCCAUGUUGGAUGAUGAUUGCAGCAGUUUCCGUCAUUCCACUGUUGGGCUGUAUUCUGGAAAUCAGUUCUGUGGCUGGUAAGAAAAUAGAUGAGAUAAAUACUCAUCAAAUCUUCUGUCUCAACUUUUUAACUUUAUGUAGCAGUAAAAAACUAAACUAAACAUAUCCUAAGACCUUUUCAUCCAACUUUGAAUGCAACAAACUUGUGAUUUCUUUGCAGCGAUGAGAUAUUUGCAAUGUUUUAUUUUGUCUCUUAUUUUCUGUCCUGCACUUAGUUCAAUAGUUAUUUUUAAGUUUUCUGUACCAGUGCGUUGGAUUUGACUGAAUAUUUGCCUCUCUGUUGAUUAGGAAAGAAAGGCAUUGGCUUGUUUGGUUACCUUUUGUGGCCCAUAGACUGUCAGUUUAGAUGGGAGAUCUGAAAAGUUAAGAGUAUGGAAAAAGUUGUGCUAUGAGUCAGCUAGGUGCCUUUAAACUGGACAUUAGUACUUUUUCCACUCACCUUACACAUGCCAUUGAAUUACAUAUUUACAUUAUUGUAUUAUUUGGCACUUCUGUACUUUUACAGUGAUAUGUGACUAGAAUUUCUUUCAGGGUGAAUCAGUUUUUCACUCAUUUUAAGCCCAGUGGCUAAAUAAUAAUCUCUGGUUUGUUAAUUAGGAGGUCACUGAGUUUAAUUAAGACUUUUUUAUGUAAUGCGCACUUAGUGGGCCUAAUGUGUUUUUUUUCUAUACAAUAGACUCUGAGCUUUAGGGCCUCUCAGGGAGGUGGUGGGCUGUGUGUAUCCUCAGAAACAGGAACUCCACCUAGACCACACAGUGCCGGGCCAUUCACUCUGACCCAACCCAUCUUCCCCUGCUUCCUGUUUUGACAGAACGCCGCCAUUUUCUGCAGUGGGGGAAAAAUGGCAAGAGAACCAGAUACAGAGCAGUUUUUUCCUGAGUUGUCCUUUCAGAUCUUCCUCCAACUUCUGACCUGAUUAAACUCAGACAACCAUGAAGCUUAUUUUAAGCAUAUUUGUUGACCUUUGACCCCUCUUUAAAUACAAUGUGGUUAGAACCUUUCAAACUGAUCACAGCAUCAUUUGGUUGUCAGUGUUUGCUGAGAUUUACCCAUUUUGUUUAUUCUUCCAGCCAUUGAGCUUGGGUUCAGUCCUGGUCCACCGGAGCUGAAUCUCUAUGGCGUCCAGAGAAUUAACAAAUCUGACAACCUGGAGCUUACAUGCAGGUACAAACAGAUACACCUCACUGAAUUCACUGACUCUUAUUUGCAGCAUCCUAAUCUCAGAGCCCAAUGGUUAUUAUCCUGAAAUGAUAAAUACCUCUGUAUUUCCAGAGUAGCAGCUGCUUAGCAGUAAACAACAUUCAUCUGCUCUGUUUACCAUCCAGUGAGCAACUAAAUGAGUGACUGUGUGGUCAGAUAAAAAAAAAAAAGCCUUUCGAAAUAUAUUUGUAAAAUAAAUGCCAUUGUUUCCUGGUUCAUUACACAAAAGUAGCUCCUGUUAAUCCAUGUCUGGUGGGUCUCAGUUUUACUGUAAAUGGUAAAUUAUACAGAGGCUUCAUUCUGGUUCACAUUUGAGAGACAACUGAAAAGAAACCAAAUGCCAUCUUUUUGCUGGUGGUCUUGUUUGCUUUUGUAUUUCACAGAAAGGCAUCAAUAUGAAUUGUAGUCAUGUCAAAAACUUCUCAUGGGAGUUUUAGUUUGCUGGAAUUAUGACAUCAUGCCUCAGAUUAAAGCUCCUGUGAGGAGCUCCUGUUUAUGAAAUACUCUGAAAUUCAUACUAAUGCCUUUUUAAGGUACAGUGAAGCAAACAAGACUUUCAGCAACAAGACGGACAGUAUUUAUACUGUAAUUUUUCAAUGCCUGACUAAUGCAAGGGGGUAAGUAGCAGUGGAGCGGCUGUAGAGGAAACCUUGUUUUUAUAUGUUAUUAAAUAGAACAAAAAAGGACACAUUUGUUUAUCAAAAGUUAGAAAGAGAAACAUUUUUGGUGAAGACAGUAUUUAAGCAUGCAAAAGACAAGAUAAGCAAAGACUGCUUUUUCCAUCAUUGAUCCAGUGUUGAUCCAUUGAAAUUCAGGAAAUAUUAACACUAUCUUUAGUGACUCAGCAUCAAGCAGAUUAGUGUCUCAGUGUAAAUUGUUGGCCAACCUUUACACAGAUAUCUGUUCAAAGAGGGAAAUAAAUCCUCCUCCUAUUUCCAACGAUGGAAGUCAUUAUGGUGUAUCGUGUUCCUCCUGCUUUUACUUUCUGUUUUUCCUCUACACACCACAGCCUGUUGAUACCGCUGAUUGGUCAAUACUUCUUAGUGUAUAAACAAGUAAAAAACCAGAGCACCUCCCAUACUAAAAUCCAGAGCACAAAUAUAUGCCAGACAUUUUCAUUUAGAAUCUGGAAAUAGAGAUGAGCAGAAUCCAAACACGCCAUUUAAAAAUCUUCAUCCACAUAUUUUACACAUACUUCACUUCUGUUCACAUUUCCUGUAUUACCUCCUGUUUAGAGUUUGUAUAAGAGCAGUUACUGCAUCAAAAUGUACCCUCUGAAAUAAACAAAGUCUUUCUAACUCUAUUCUGAUGAUCUAAUGUGUCUUAGAGGUCGACAGUAUCUUCAAUGGUCAACCCCUCCUAUCAGCAGUCAUAUCUCCACCAGCGACUGCAGUGGAUCAGGAUUCUUCUGUUCGACACUGCGGAUCUCCAACGCCACAGUUAAUGAGACUGGGCAGUACCAGUGUUUCUUCAAAGGCCUGAGAGUGGAGGAGGGCAAGACAUCCGCAUCAGCUUAUGUGUUUGUGAAUGGUAUAACCAACUUUAUUUUGGAGUAGAGCUAACAUAAUGGUGCUAUGCUGUGCAGAGAAGAUGAGGCAGACAUGCUUUGGAAAAUAGGAGUUAGGAAAUCAUAACCAGUUAUGUAUGAUCUGUAAUGAACAGUAAAAACUUAGUGUAUGCUUUUUUAUAUACUACCGCAGAUAGGUUGGCGGAAAACUUUGACGUCAGAGGAUAAAAAAAUUAUGGUACUGCUGGUGAUCUUGCCUAAAAUUGUGACAACAGCAGUUUCUAAAAAUGUAAAACAUGCCCCAUGAAAGCACAUCUGUGAAUUUGUGUUUUAAAAGAGAUUGAAAAGAUGAGGAAGAGUUUGCCAUUAUGAUCUAGUCCUCUCACAUCACCACUUAUCUUCCCACGUGGAAAGCUAAAAAAACAUCACAAAUAGAAUUAAGUUUGCACAGAUAAUUAACAAAAAAACAAACAAACAAACAAACAAAAAACAAUACAGGCAACUUCACUUAGAAGUGUAGUGUAAGUAGAUGACCCGCAAAGUCACUGUCUGAAGAAACGGUGCAUCUCGCCACAAACAACAAAUCUCGCAUUUUAAACAGAGGAUUUGCACUUCUUACCUUGAUUUUCUGCGUGUUUUCUCGUGGCCAUAGGGGUGCUAUGAACCUCUGAAUGUUUUGACUGUAGGUGAUUAUUAUGUGCUUCAAAUGACAACAACUGGGAACAAUGAAUUUUAAUUAGACUGAUAAAAAAUGCACUGUGAAUAAAAGAAAGGUGUUUUAAAAGGUGUUUAAAUCUUUCAGUGUAUGUCAGCACCCAGUACAGGGUAUUUUGAUUUCUCAUUUUCACAAAAAUAUGUAUUAGUGGUCACCCCAUUCUGUGUUUGUAUACAGUUAGUGAAUUGGUCAGUGUAAUUGUUCCACAAAAGUCUCUCUAAGCCCUGAUGGUGUCUAAUUAUUUUGCUUCAUUUCAAGCUGAAAUAAAAGAUGUUUCUGCUGUUUGUACAUUUGUUUCAGAUUACAAGAUGCCAUUUGUGCCGUCUGAAGAGUUGGUGUUGGUGUUCAUCCGCGAGGGAGAGAGGGUGGUGAUACCAUGCAGAGGCUCAGUGGAGAAUCUCAACGUUACACUUCACGCUGUAAGGAGGAUUUUUUUUUUCGUUUGCUUUGUCUGGGUUUUUGUCAAUUUUAGAGCCAAAAAGAGAUUGAAUUAUGUUUUUGUUAUAAAGUUAUAAAGUAUAAAAAGGCAGAGUCUACAUUUACCAAAACCAAACUUUGGUUAUCUAGUUAUCCCACUCAUGCUUAUGUUUCUUAAACUACAAACUCUAGUUUAUGACACAGGAUCACUGUUUCAAAGUUUUUUACUUCUAAGCCCCAGCCCUAUUUUUGAAGUUCCUCACAUCCUGCAACACAACAAAAUAAACUGGAAAUCAACACAAAACAGUGGACUAAAUUCCACAAUAAGGGUUAACAAAGCAACACACCCAAGAGUUUUCUUAGACUGGAAUAUCUAAAGUUUUAGGGGGGUCACUGUAAACAUCAAGUUCAGUCUACAGAGAUUAUUUUAACCCAGCGUUUAGCAAUAAAGAAUAAUGUUCUCAUGUUGGAAAAAAACAGAUAAGGGUGCUGUUGUGUUUAAUGUGCUGUUGUGUUUAAUGUGCUGUUUAAUGUGUUCAAAAUCAGUAAUGUUGUAUGUCUGUCAGAAGUAUCCAAAUAAGGAGCUCCAUCCCGAUGGGAAGGAUUCUAUAUGGGAUGCCAGGACAGGGUUUACAGUUCCUAGUCACCUGAUCAGUUUUUCCGGUGCCGUGUGCUGCCAGACCCAGAUUGGAAAUGAGACAUUCAAGUCCUCCCUCUACAUCAUUGCUGUUGUUGGUAAGAUGGGAAAAAAACUCACACAUCAAUAAUUCAGUCUCUUGAUGUGGAUAAAUACUUUUGUAGAAAUAUUGUAAUGUUUGUUAUGUAUAAAGUUUUGUGUUUGUGGGCAAGUAAAUUCAUUAAUUCCUGAAAAUGAAUGUUGUCAGUGUUUUCACUCUGGUCUUAAAGCUGGUAAAGAUUUUUUAAAUUUGUUUGCUAGCAAUUUCAAAAGUGACUCUAACUCUGUUUUGUAAAUGUUUUACAUCUUACAAAUUCCUGUAGUUUUUGGAGAACUUUAUCCCAGACCAGGGUCCUCAGAAUUUUGCUUAGACUUAGACCCUGUGAAAUCCCAAAGGUUCCUUAUCCCUUGGGAACUUCUGGUAAGGCAGCUCAGAUAGUAAAGUUCCUGGACUUUUGGAGGCACUGCCCCUCUUCAUCUCUGUACUUUUUGAGGUACCAUACCUCCGGGGCAGAUUCUGUGGAACUAUUUUUGGCUAAGUCCCUUCUGAUAGAUGAAGUUUCAUUUGUGUAGAAAGUUCCUGCUGUAAAGCUGCUUCCAUAGUUUUAUUGGUUCUUGUCAGACUAAAAGGGCUCCUUGUCCCCGUUAAAAUUUCUUGCAAUAAAGCUGAUAAAGUAGGACUCGGAAAGAUUCCUGUAACUUUUUUGUAAUUUCCCAGAGAAAAGGGAUCUCUCAAACUUUGUUUGGUCUCAGUACCUGUUCAAAACUCUGGACUUCCUAGUCCUUGUUAAAAAGUUCUGGUGGUGGUUAAGCAGCUUUCGAUGGACUUGGUAGAGUUCCUGUACUUUUGGAUGUAAUGACCACUAAAACAGAGCCUUUGAAACUUAUUUAGACUUCAUUCCAAUCAAAAAAGCAUGUACCUGUUAAGUACACAACGGUUCCUUUAUCCUGGGGUACAUUUCCUGUAGUGGUAAAGCAACAUCACAGGGCCUCGGUAUAGUUUCUGUACUUUCUACCAGAACAUGGUCCUUAUUACUGUAUUCAGUCAGAGUUGGAAAUAUGAAGUUUCUUGCCCCUUUGGAGAGUUCCUGCAGUGUUAAAAUGUUUGAGUAAAAGUGGAACUUAAGCAGUACCUUACUUUAUAAAAGGGUCACCAGAACUUUUAAUGAACUCUGACCCACAAAAGUUCCUGGUCCAUGUGUACAAUUUCUGCUUUAGAGGGACUUGAUAAAGUCCUUGUACUUUUGGGUGUACUUCCCCAAAGACAGGGUACUUGGUGGGUAAAAUAAUGAUAAUGGUUUUCAACUUAGAUCUUUGUCUCUGAACUGCAAACGUUCCUCUUCUCUGUGGUGAAAACUAAGCUUUUGUGUGAGAGAGACUGGGCGCUGAGUACUGAGGGAGAGAGGCAGAGUUUAACAGAAAAAGGGAGUCUGUAGUCUCAGGAGAACAAUGGGCCGUCGACUGACUGCCAUAUCUUCCCUCCCUUUUCCGCAGGAUACAAGAUCUACGAACUCACCCUGACCCCCACUCAGCCCAGACUGUCUGUGGGGGGGCAGCUGAUGCUCAACUGUACGGCUCACACUGAGCUCAACGUGGGCAUGGAGUUCAACUGGACGCACUCUGGUCAGGCCCUGGUCAGUCUGCCUUUGCAAUGUCCCCUGUGUUCAAAAGAAAUCACGUGAUGGUCUUUUGUCUGCCGGUUUUACCCACAGAGAUAAAAACUCACCCUCUCCCAUCUUUGCACAUAAUCCUUCCUGCUUUCAGGAAUCCUUGAGUUUAUCUCUACACCAGGUCAGAGGGCAAAGUUGUCCUGAUGUAUGAUCAGAACAUAUUCUUGGUGGGCUAAGAUCCAUAACUACAAGAGGAGUUUUUGGGGUUGCGCUACAGGAGGAAAAUCUUAGAUUUAGAGAGUAAAGUCGUGACAUUGCAAGAGUUAAAUUGUGGUUUAUGAGAGGUUUGUUUUUUAAGCUAUGGUCUAUGUCUUAUUUUUAAGUGUAAUAUCGAAGGAGCAGCCAGCCCCCUGCACUGAAAUGAGGAUUGUGAAGCAUUUUGAAAAGUUAUAUAUGCUUUGAACUUUUGGGUUGUGUCAAAUUGUCAUCCUGUCUUUGCUUAAUUUGUCCUCUGCAUAGUGUUAAUGUCAAUGUUGUUUUAGGUCACAGUUACAGCAUGCCUUGCACAGAAAGGCUUUAAUUUGAACUUCACUCUAUUUUCAAUGUCAAAAACUCCUUUGAGGAGCUCCAAAUGUAGAUUGUCAUGGGUAUCAAGACCCUAGAAAACUUUCAUUGUUUGGUCCUCUGAAAAGUUGGUCCAACAAUAUGACUGAAUUCUUGUUAAGUCCUACUACAUUCUUACAACAUUACAAAUUUAUCUUUGUAAAAUAAAACUUUAACUAUAUUGUGAUGCAUUUUCUUUCUCCAAUGGGCUUAAUGCUCCAUCAUAUGAUAUAUUCUGUAUUUUUCUGACCUCUCUUAUGUUUCUCUGUCAGAGCUCAGUGAACAGUUCAAGGCCGACCCACGCCGUGCCUCACAAGAAGAAGCUGUGGAACUCUCUGGAGCUUUCCAACACUCUCAUAAUAGAAAAUGUGACGAUGGAUCACGCAGGAGUGUACACCUGUACUGCAUCCAGCGGGAAGAUGGAGAAAAGUGCCUCAGUAAAACUGGAAGUCCAUGGUAGGUGUACUAAAACUUUAUAUUAUACCAAACAGCUAUUGAAAAUCUCAGCGUUUCCAUAAAAGGCAAAGGACGCUGUUGUUUUGUCUCAUUCAACACAUCUGGAUAUCACAUUUUACUUUAAAAGGAGAGUUCAUAUCACCCUUUUGAUCACUGAACACAGAUUUUGAUUAUCACGGCAGACUCUUAAUAGAGCAUCAGAUAGUCUUUGUAUUUUCAGACAAAAACAGACCAUCACAUAGAGCUGGGUUGGCUUGUCUCAAAUUUUGGGGGUCAGUGGAAACUCAAAUAUGUGAGCAAAAAUACUGAAAGGAUGUUCUUUUUGGAUAUUCUAUUAGUAUUACAUAAUAAUAAAAAUGAAAAACAUCCUCUUAAAAAAUCUACCUCGCAGCUCAGCUGACAAGUCAAAAUUGAUAGAAAUGGUGUUUCAAAGAGAAUUGAAACAUCAUGAACUGUACUUUGAAUUUCAGCUGCCACUUAAGAUGCAAUCAUACAGGUGCAACUUAUUGUACUGAUGACAAAAGCAAGUGAAAAUCUAUUUUGGAGUAUGUCAACAAUCAAUACCAACUUGUUUUUAACUUCAGCUUUAAGUUGAUAUGUAUAUAUAAAUGUGUGUUUUUGUGUUUCUAGAAAAGCCUUUCAUUGAUAUGGUAGAGCCGUGGAUAAAGGUGUGGGAGUUGAAUGUGGAUGAUCAGAAUGCCCAGAUCCCUGUCAGGUACACAGCCUACCCAGACCCCAGCUUUAAAUGGUAAGUUCUCUGAAAAAAGGAUCAGGGCCUGUGUCCACUGACAGUAUUUACUAAACUAGCAGCACAUACAAUCUCAAUUUUAAAGCACUUGUCACUGCACCUACUACAUUUGGUAAAAUGUUUUGCAGCACUACUGCUUCCCUUGGCAGUUUCCAUUAUUCUGUUUCAAACUGCUCUGUUGCUUCAUAUAUGAUAUAUAAGUUCUGCAAACAAAAUAAAAAUGAACAAAAUAUAGGCAAAAGCUGCAAUGGAUAGCUGUGCAUUUGUGCAGGUAGUUAGUGAGUGUGUCAGGUGAGGGAGGAGUGACAUUUGCAAUGUUUACUUGAUCUACACAGUUAGAGACCUCUACCACCCGUCUGUUGACAUAUCUCUCGUAAGGUGGCUGCUCUGUAGUUACGCAACUUUCUCCUCAGGUAUGCAGAGCUUUUCUGAUUGUUGGUAGAAAAGAGGAGGUGUGAUUUAGCUUCUGCUUCAACCAUCAGCGGGUUUCUUAUCUCCUGUCUGCACAUCCAAGCUCUUCCUCAGUCUGUACGCUGUGUUUCCUGUUGUUCCUGUCGUGGUCUCUGUCAGAAAGAAAGAGCAUCUUCCUGCAUUUCUUGUGUACUUUCUGGUCUUUGUUAUUUUGUUAGACAAAUUUUGCAAAAAUCUGCACAAACAUUCCUGUGAUUUCUUAUAUUGGCUGAAAGUGCAUAACCAAGUAGGAACAAAAAGAGAGAAACAGUUCUCCAUUUUAGGGUUAUUUGUAGUUGUUGGGUGGAUCAGAGUUAAAGAAAGACUUCUGCAGAAAUUUCACUCUGCAUCAUGUAAAUCUCAUUGGAAAACAUCAGUCAGAGAUCUGUAUCAGCAAAAUUUCUCUAAAAACCAAACUAAACUAAAUUUGCAUUUGUGCAGGUAGUUAGUGAGUGUAUCGGGUGAGGGAGGAGUGACAUUUGCAAUCAUGAUUGUACAGAAGUUUAACUUUUUUUUUUACUUACUGAGAGUGCAGCAACUGAAAUCAGCUGACUUUGAGGGUGCUUUUGCCCUUAGGCUGCUCGGUAGAAAAUAUCAUGUCAUUAGUGCAGAAAUGCCACCAGUGGACUCGGGCCCUUAAUUAGUGCAAGAAGCAAAGGGAAAUUGUGUCAUGAAGUCAGCUGGAAAUAGUGUUUCAGUCUGAAUUUGACUUUAAAGGAGGAUUUAUUGACUGUUUUUAAAUAUACUGCAUUUGGGGUAUAAUGAACGACUUACUGGUGGCAGGUCAUUUGUUUUAGAUUCUUUCAGCUUGUAGCUGUUGACUGCAGUGUAAUCUAUUCUGAUGAAAGUAUGUCCAACUGAAGUACUAUUGUUUUCAAAUGACAGGUCAAGACUUGUUAAAACAUUUUAGAAGGAAUCUCUGCAGAGACAGACAUCUCUAACCAAGAGAAGCUGUCAUGUCACCAUCUAUAAAUCAGUCAAAACCCACUGACCGAAACACUAAAUUCAGCUUGCACAUCACAGGGGUUGCUGUUUGAUGAUUCUUCACACACUCGGUCACAAACACCUCAAACUAACUAACUGAUAAAGGCUGAGGUAGACCAACAACUCACUAGUUCUGUGUGAAACAAAUGACUGUUUUUAUCAGUAGAAUCUGCUGUUUUGUUUUUUUUUUAAUUUAAUUUUCACUUUUAUAUGUUAUGUGUUUUUGGUACACAUACUUUGUAGGAUUAAUCUAACAUCCUUGUGGAAUGGACAUCCUGUGACAAAAAUAAUAAUAAUCAUCAAAACAGAUGUAUAUUACACUGUAGUGCAUCACUCUGGUGAGACUAUUUAUGCCUUUUUUCACAUUGAGGCCAGGUGUAAAAAUUAAGAUCCCAGAGUUAAUUUUAGCAUAACAAUCUGAGCCUGUCAGUGACAAAAACUUCCAGAGGUUAGGAUGCAUCGCAUUAUAGGCAUUACGGUUAAUUUGAUGCAAUCUAAUCUUUUAACUUUCUCCUUUUAGUCUGUCAUUUGGGUGUUCAAAUGUAUAAAACUACAGUCUAAUCUGGUGAUUUAACUCUAUCUUUUCUGCCCAGGUUAAAAAAUGGCCAUCCACUACAGCCUAACUACAGAAUCAGACAGAGGAGCGAUGCCCUCAUCAUCCGUAAAGUCAUAGAAAUGGAUGCAGGGAAUUAUACAAUCAUCCUGACCAACAAGUUUAAAGAGGAGCAGAGACGAUCCUUCCAGCUGCUCGUAAAUGGCACGUUCAUCUUAUCUCUUCUCUUACCAAAUAUGGAGCUGAAUUACAGCGAUGAUAACGAUAGUAUGGUUGUUUUUUCCUGCAGUUCCUCCUCAUAUCAUAGAGAAGGAGGUGGCGGUGGCCACUGAUGUGUACUCGUAUGGCAGCAGCCCCACUUUGAGUUGCACUGCUCGUGGAUUUCCCACCCCGGCACACAUCCAGUGGCAGUGGAUGUCCAAAGACGACUGUCCAGGGGCUUUCCUGUGAGUCACCUCUCUUCCAUUUUGUUUACUGUGGAAACACAAGCUCCUCAGUCAGUCAUUGUCAACAGGUUGUUGAUUCAAAGUGGCUUUUGUGAUGUUGAUAAAACAAAAGGAGACAAUGAGAGUGAACUCUGAUCAGAGGAUUUGAUUCAGGCUUUAAAAAUGUCAACUCUUGUCGAGACAUCAGUUAUUCUGUUUACUUGUUCUACACAGUUAGAGACCUCUACCACCUGUCUGUUGAUAUAUGUCUCGUAAGGUGGCUGCUCUGUAGUUACACAACUUUCUCCUCAGGUAUGCAGAGCUUUUCUGAUUGUUGGUAGAAAAGAGGAGGUGUGAUUUAGCAUCUGCUUCAACCAUCAGCAGGUUUCUUAUCUCCUGUCUGCACAUCCAAGCUCUUCCUCAGUCUGUGCGCUGUGUUUCCUGUUGUUCCUGUCGUGGUCUCUGUCAGAAAAAAAGAGCGUCUUCCUGCAUUUCUUGUGUACUUUCUGGUCUUUGUUAUCUUGUCAGACAAAUUUUUGCAAAAAUCUGCACAAACAUUCCUGUGUUUUCUUAUUUGGGCUGAAAGUUUGAGCUCAGAUAAAAACUAAUUGCAUAACCAAGUACGAACAAAAAGAGAGAAACAAAUAGUGAAAGCCACAGUUCUCCAUUUUAGGGUUAUUUAUAGCUGUUGGGUGGAUCAGAGUCAAAGAUAGACUACUGCAGAAGUGUUACUCUACAUCAUGGAAAUCUCAUUGGAAAACAUCAGUCAGAGAUCUGUAUCAGCAAAAUUUCUCUAAAAACAAAACAAAACUAAACAAAAAAGUUCAAUCCAAGACUAAUAAAGUUCUGAAAAAGUAUAUGAGACUGAGAAAAAGAGGCAUUGAAGACAGGGUGGCUUUUGGCAGGCAAAAUCAAAUAAAGCAAAGAAAGAUGCACUGAUUUUACAGAUAAUAAAACACCUGUUCUUUCCUGUCCUGCAGGUCGGGGCUGGUAAAGUCUGAAAAGGUGAUAGCUUCAUGUAAAAGCUGGAGAGACAUCAGCAACAGCACCGGCCACCAUCUUGCAGUGUGGAACAUAAAUGACCCUGAUAAUCACCAAAAGGUUCAUAUUUCUAUCUAACUUGUACUCUUUUCUAUUGGAAUAACUACACUUUGUAUAAGAUCACAUUUAAGGACAAUUACUGACAAAAUGAACAUAUUCACACAGAAAAUCGUGGGCACUCUGAAGAUCCAGAAAGCCAAGGUUCACGCUCUCUACAGAUGCACGACUGCCAAUAAAGUGGGACAGGAUUCACGCAUCAUCUUUUUCCAUGUGACACGUGAGCAUUUCUUUUCUUUUUUUUUGUCUAUGUCUAAUGUUAGCCUGUAAAAAUAAAGAAAAUUAAAUAAAUAAACUUUGAAAACUUAAGCUUUUAUAUAAGGGUCUUCUUGGAUUUAGAAAUGACAUAUAGUGGACAAGGAGGUGAAGUUGAAGAGCAAGGACCUGAUUUACAAAAAAGACUGGCUUUUGCACCCAGAUUUUGGUCUCAUGUUGCACACAAACAAGACAAAAUGAUGCAAAGAGCACUCAAAGGGUUGAAUGCACCUCAAACUCAGCUGUGGAACAAAUAUUCCCUCUUUCCUCUGGUCCUGUUUGCAUGCAUUUAUAUAAUGAGUCAUUGUGCAUUAACAAAAGUGUAGCCUCUUCAUCAGUUUGAUAAAAACUUGACCAUCUACAGAGAGUUUUCAAAAAAGAACAUUAAAAAUGAACAUGACAUUGAUUCCACCUCUGAUUGAACUAAAAAUAAGGUGCAUCUUGUCACUGCAGGCGGCCUGGAGGUGAGCAUGUCUCCAUCCAAUGAUCCCCUUGAGGAGGACGAUGUGGUUCUGCUGUGUAAAGCAGACAGGCUGCUCUACGGGAACCUCACCUGGUUUCGUGUGAUGAAUACCUCAGCGUCUGGGCCUGUCCCAUCAGCGCAGUCGUGUCACUCUCUGACACUGCAGCCGAGGCCUUUGCAGCAUGCUGUGCUGUCCAGCCAGCAGGGAACCAACGUGACCCUGGAGCUGAAGCUGCCCAACGCGUCUCACCAAGAUGAAGGCCUGUACGCCUGUCAGGUGGAACACAUCAAGACUGGGGAGAAAACAUGUUUGCUGCGCCGUCUUACUCUAAAAGGUAAGACGAUUUUACAGUAAGACCAAAAAAGAAUCAUAAACAAAUCCCCACUUUUGAAGAAAGAUAACCCACUAAGCAUUUUUUUUGGUCUAAAAGAGGUCGAGUAGACGUCUGAAUGUAGCCUAGACGGCUGGUCUAAAAUCAGGUUACCACAGGUCUAAAAAUGAAAGUUUUUUCGACGUCUAAAUUUAGACCAAGUCUUAAUCUUGUCUAUAUCUAUACUACACUGUAUAUUGUUAAACGGCUAUCAUAGUUAUUUGGGUUAAGUACUUGGAGAUCAGUUAUGCAAUUUACGGUUGCUUUUUGACAUAAAUAGUUAUCAAAUAAUAGGUUUUUAAAGUCCAACGUCUAAAUUCCAUCUAAAAAUAUACAGAAUCUACACGGUUGAAAUUACGUCUAAAAAAAAAAAACCUAGCCGUCUAAUAGCAGUCUAUUGCUCAGUGGGAAGUCCAUAAUCAAAUUUGCUUUCAGUAGAUAAAUCCUGCAGGUGUGUUUGUUGUAAUAUGACUUGAAGAGGCACUUUCUUGAGAUGAUGAUUACAGUUUAGAGGCAGGUAGAAUCACAAACACAAAUCAUUUGCUUUAGUGUCAAGGUGCAGAAGAGUAAAAAUAAAAAUAUGGAAAGCAAAUAAACAGCAAUCCUCUGCUUUGAGAAAUGAAAUUACAUUUUAAAAAAACUUUGAUAAAAACACAAGACAUUCUAUAAAAGUUAGUUUCAUAUCAAAUCAAAUCUCUAUCUCUUUAUAUAAGUCUUCAUCUUUUAGGUGGUGCGUAACUGCUGCAGGAUUUUAUUCUCUUUGGUGCAGUUGUUUUUUUUUUUAUGAUAUCUGGGGAUUUUAAAAUCUGUUUAUUUUGAUAAAAUAAAAACAAAUCAACCACCAUGAAGAAAGAACAAUCACUUACAUUAGUUGAAUACUAGAUGUUUAAAAGGCUACAUUUAAUAUGCUAAAUAAAAGACAGCAUUAUUUCAGUGUGACUCAUAAAACUUGGUCAUUACUUCAAACAGGCUAAUCAUUUUAUAGUUGUUUUAAAAUGACUGUGUGAUUUUUGUCGCAGGUCUUGAAGCAGCAAGAAUCCUCAAAAAUUUAACGGAUCAGAAGGUAAAUGUGAGUGCCACCUUCUCUCUGCGCUGUGAUGCUGCUGGGGUGCCAAACCCCACGGUGGUGUGGACCAAAAACAACCAGACUGUAGAUGGCGGUUCAGGUGAGACAAGUUUGGCAUUUCCAUAACAAAAAAAAACGAUCUCACUUUUUCUAUCUGACAAGAGCAUGAAUAAAAAACAGUCUGAUGGUUUGUUUUCAGGUGUGAUACUGAGCCAGAACAACCACAUCCUGACCAUCCCACGUGUUAAGAAAGAGGACAGCGGUCUGUACACCUGCACCGCCUGUAACAGCCGAAGCUGUGACACCGCCCAGGCCACACUGACGACUGAAGGUCAGUCUCUGUCUGAGCUUGUGUUUGUUAUAACUGAUAUAGUGCAGCCCUGAUAUCAGCCAGCUCUUCCUGUUUGCUGACAGUGAGGAUGGAUUACAUGACUCAGGCCCUGAUUACAAACAUGUUUACAGCCUUCAGACCAGUGGCGGCUGCUGGUCUUUCAAGGAGGGGAAGCUCAUUUUUCUGGCCUACAUCAUAAUUGUGUUUGUUUAUUUGUAUGUAACAGAACAGAGUCGCCAAACACAACGGCAGUCGUUUUUAACAAAGACAAAAGUGAGGAUCGAUAAAGUCUCUGGAGCAGUUAAGAACAACGGAAUGAAUAACUUGGAAAAUGCUCUGGUAGAUGUUUUAUUCUUCAAGAUCGCUGAUUCGCUUGUUUAGCUGUCAAUCAAAAAAGGAUUUCGCCUCAGACAGCUCAUCCAAUCAUGGAUGCAGAAGCUCGGAGUCUGGGAGAAAGUCGGGACCGCCCUCUCGCCAUAGAACUCCAGAGACGCCCAGCGUCCAAUGGGCGGGACAAAGCCCAGCAUUUAUCCAAUGAGCGUCUAGUUUCGCUGCUGGAACAACCCGCUUUGAGAUUCCACAUUGAAGUCAGCAGAAGCUGGGCGUCCGGCUGUUUAAAGCGCUGAGGCGCUGCGAGGAUGAAUGAGAACGAAGUUGUCCAGAAUCAGCUUCUUAUCACAGUGUGAUAUGAAGCUGAUUCUGAACAAAAGAUGAAGGCUUUCUAGCGUGUAUUUAGUUAAUGAAAUGAACACACAGCCGUACGUAUUUCACCACUUUUUCUUUUUUUGGGGGUUGACAUUUUAAGGGAAGCUGAGCUUCCCUUGUAGUCUUAGAGCAAUCGCCACUGCUUCAGACUGAUGCUUUUUCAGUCCUGUUGCUGUGUUUGUCCCACUUUACUUUUUUGUCAUAAUUCUGGUUACUUUUUGUCUGUAUUAGGACUGCUGGAGUCUUACACUUUUUCUGUCUCUGCUUGUAAUCAUUCUCAGGCCCAUAUCGUCCUUUUUUGCAGUUGUCUCCAAAAGCUAAUUUUCUCUUUGACGGUUUUGUCUCGUUUAAGUUGUUUUCAGUCUCUUGUAGUCAUUUACAUCUCUUUGUCAUACUUUUUAGUCAGAAUAUGCAUGUUAAAGCUCCUGUGAGAACUUAAGUUUAUGUUGAGUUUGGUGCCUCCAUUGGACAAAACCGUUUUUGAGUAUCUUGUCCUCUACAUGCUUAAAAAGUGACUUUUUGACAGUCUACUGUGUCACUUAUUGAUAUUAGCAUCAUAUAUUGGCCUUUGGCUGACGUGCUGCCUCAGUAUCGGUAACGUCAUUGGCUUAUUUCUCGCCUUCAAUCAUUUGUCACUGAUUGUCUUGUUUGAGAGCCAUGUAGUCAGGCAACGAUGAGCGCUCCCUCUGCUGAUUCAGACGGCACGCUAAGUCAGACAACUCGAUGUGGAAGUAAACUGCACAGACUGAAUUCAGACAGCUCAUCAAAGUUUGAGUGCAACUCCCAAGCCCUACUGUUGAAUGAAGAGACAAAUUUGGAAUAAAAAAAUGACAGCCUUAACAUAGUUGGUGUUUGGUUAAACUGUGUGUAAUCGCUUGACUAGAGCUACACAGGCAUGUGGACGUUACCCUGCAAAGAGGACCGAAGGCUGGUGGUGCUAGCUCUGCUAAUGUUAAACACAGUUGGCAGAACAAUUUUAAAUAGUUUAUCUACAGACUCUGUGGUUCUUGGUCUUAGUACUGGUCAGCAAUAAGAGUUUAAAUUUGUAGGAAAUGAGUGACUGCUAAACAUGAUGGUUUUGUUCUUGUUGUGUUCUUGCGUCUCAGUGAAUGGCCAUGAAACUGUCACCUUUCUUUGAUUUCUGUUAUGAUUUUCUUUUCAUGUCAGCACUCUGUAGUUUGUCUUUUUAUGUUCAUCUAAUUCUUCAUGGGGGUUGAAUCUUUUUUUCUGUCUUGUUGCAGUGAUUGUCUCUUUGAGUAUUUAGUUUUGUGUCUCAUUGUAGUUGGUCUGUAGGGUUUUGUCUUGUUGUUUUGUGUGUCUUGGUGGUUGGUGUUGAUUUGGGGUGCCUUUCGUCCCAUACUAGCCAUUUCAGGUUGUUUUAUUCCUUUUAUUGUAGUCAUCAUUAGACUCUGUAGUUGUUUUGUGUCUUAUUUGAUUAUGUAGUUUUUUUCAUGUCUUUAGAGUUUUGUGUUGUUUGGUAAUCACUCCUUAUCUGUUUGUGUAAUAGUAGGGUUGUUUUUUGUCUUCUCAUGGCUGUUUUUAUCACCAUUUCUUUUGUUUCUUACUGUGUCUCUUGGUCGUUAACUGUGGGUUUCUUACUCAUGCAGACCGGGUUUUGGUCCUUUUCGGUCCUCUUGUAGUAGUUUCUAGUUUCAUUUGUCAUCCUUUAGUCUCCUCUUGUUGUCGUCUUUAUUUCUGUGUCUGUCUUCUGUCUCUUUGGAGUCUUUUUGUUUUUCUUAUCAGUUUAUUGUCUCUAUUCUUCAUUCAUGCAUCAGCUCAUGUCUCAGAGUGAAGCCUUAAUCUUUUGUUUACUGUGGAAAUACUCCUAAAGACGUUGUUUUUAUAUCAGGCCCCAAGGUUUCAUCCCCUCACAUCCCUCUUACUACAUUUUUCAUAUCAAAGAUGUAGAGUAAGAAUAACUCUCCUUCCUCAUGACAGGAAGUCGGCCCAUUUAGCUCACGUCCUCUUGGGAGUAUCUAAAUCUAACACAAUGAGUAGACUGCAGGACAAAGGGAGAGGCCAGACCUGCCUGAGCUCUAGCCCGUCCCCUCAUGUCCUCCCAUCUCUGUCCUGAACACAGAGAGAUACAAGGAAACAAACAACACCACUGACUAGAACCAACCAUCUACGUGACCCAGUCCCCGCCAGCACAAUCCAGACCCAGUUAGAGCAGGUCCAUGUCAGGGGCCAGAAGAGCUAACAAGGGAAGAGGCGAAAAGAGACAGCUGAGCAGAAAAUCUCUCUCAACACAAGGGAGAGUUGAAGAGAAACAAACAGUGAGAAGUCUGGUUCACUCUUGUGUUUUAGUUCAAUGUUUGGACUCUGACUCUCAGGAAAAAUCAAAGAGAUGAAACCUGACACAGUCAAUUCAUACAUGUUUCAUAAGAUGGGAGCAACUUAGGGCAACAGGCCAAAAACUAGACCCAAAAACAGAGGCUUGAAAGCUGUGUCCUAUUUCUGGGGAACUUGGUCUUUGUAGCCUCCUGACAUUUAUUGUAAUCUCCAUUUUAGCUGAGGUAGGUUAAUGAACGUCCAGCCAUGACUUUAUCCAAGUGAUGUUUGUAUUGCAAAUGUACAUCCUGCCAUUUCAUGAUCCACAACGUCCCACUGAAAACAGCUGCCCAUCCACUAAGUCUGACAAGUCUCUCAGGCAUCCUUUACAUGGAUAUACAUCAUGUGAAAACACUGUUUUUUUUAAGGUCAUUGAAAACUGAGAUUUUAGAAAAAAUCCUCUGAGGUAGAGAUUUCUGAGAACUUAACUUUGUAUGUAUUCAUGUGGACUGCUAAAAAAAAAGCUGACAUCUCACUUCAACCUACACAUCACAAUUGUCCAAUUCCUUGCAUAUUUAUAAGGAAAUUUAAAUUGGUCUAUCAGUUGCCUUUUGAAAGGGUCCAUUUAUUAAUUCCUCACUGUACUUAAAGAGCUUUGAUUUAAUUUUGAAGACUUUCUCUACCAGACUUUCACUUGUAGGAGAGUUUUUUAAACUUUGUAAUUAAACACCAGAGGAUUUAAGCCCUUUUACCACUAACAUUUAAUCAGACUGCAGAUCAAGCCUUAAUUUAAAUUACAUCAAGACUAAGGCUUUUUAUUAAUUAUGAAACGGAGCAAUGCCACUUUUUCGCCAGGUAUUCUUUAGCUUGUUACUUUAACACCAACGAUCAUGACAGCCCCUCUCAUUAUGCGCAUUUUGUUGCUUGGCUUUUCAAACAUAGACACUCUCAAACCUGUCUUGUCCUGCCCCUCUCCCUGUUCUCCUCUCUCUACGGUUCACUUUUGCAUCAUGUCCAAAAUGUCCUUGUGCUCCUGAACUUUUCUGCACUACAAUCUGAAUUCUUCUUCUAUUGUGGUUAAUGUGGCUGAUUGAUGUUAAUGAUGUGUAUUAAUUGCCAUCUACUAGUCUGGCGUGCUUAUGCAGUUGGUUUUGACUGUCUCUGUGGUGUCAUGCAAAAAAAGAAAUGUUAAAUUCUUGGUGUGGGUACAAUUUUUUAUUUUAGAUGGAGAUUGAAAAAAAAAACAUUAAGAUAUACAAAAGGUCAAAAGUCAAGCUUUUCCUGGUCUGUCCUCAUGAAAAGAAGAGAACAAUUUUUUAAGAUGUUUGUUUGUCGAAUGAAGGUCAGAUCCAUACUUUCUGAUACAUUCAGGGAAGUCAAGAAAUGUAAACACAGACUGUCUUUAGCAACCCUGCAAGCAGAUUAGUGUCUCAAUGUAAAUGUUUGAUCCAGAACAGGUUGUUAACUGACCUUCAUGCAGAUAUCAGUUUACGGAGACAAACAAAUCCUCAGAUUACCACUGAUGUGAGCCAGGUCGUCAUAUUGGCAUUCUGCCUGCUUUUGCUCUCCGUACAGACUUUUUUUCCUGCAAAUUACAAACCAUGCUGAAACACCUGAGUUCAGACUCUGAAUCUUUUGUAUAAUUUGUAAAUUUUGAUUGCAAAAAGACCUAAAACCCUACAAAAAAAAAAAACAGCACAGUGUUGUUAGUAAAAGUUCAAAUGUUGAAAAGGACUGAGCUCACCAGCUUGAAUCUAAACACCAACAAAUCUCUCUAGUGGACCUUUUUCAGGUUCUUUUGGGCUUUUCAUUCGUGCAAACUCCUGAAAAUUUGUUAUGACUAGGUAAAAACUGGGUUUGCUGUCAGUUCAGAUUCCAGCGUCUUCCUUCCUCCAACACAAACACAGACACACACAUACACAAAUGUCCACGCCAUGCCAAACACAAUGACCAACCUGUCUGAACCUUACACAACACUGCCAAGGCACGCCACUUAGAUUUCAACCCACAUACCUCCAUGAUUGUUCCAUGUUUUCUAUGCACGACAGACCCAGAUUUAGUUGUGUGAUUUGAUACUUUAUUGUGAGGUUGUUUGUGUUUAUUCUACCAAUUAAUCUUCUAGGUGCAGAGGAAAAGACCAAUGUGGAGCUGAUUGUUCCCAUCGGGUCAGUGGUCAUCGCCAUGUUUUUCUGGUUACUGAUUGUCUUCGUCAUCCGUGGAAGAAAGAGGGUAAGAACUUCCUCAUCCUCAUCCUCUCUUUGCCAUACUUUUCCUUCCUCGGGGUUUCCCUCUAGUUACACUCAGGGGACCCUGAAAAAGCUAAACCACACACACACACACACACACACACACACACACACACACACACACACACACACACACACACACACACACACACACACACACACACACACACACACACACACACACAUGCCAGCAGACACACACUUUGUGGGUUUGUAAGAUUGAUUAGAAGUGACUGGUUUGGCUCUCAGUGGCUGCUCUCCUUUGUGUCCAUGAACAACAGGCCCACUCUCUGCCUCCACAGGUCACGUAGACCAGCAGCACUGAUUGGGCCCCUUUUUCCAGAGGGGAACAGAUUCGAUGAAAAACUGCAAUACACAGUGACGCAUUCAUUCAGAGAAAGAUGAUAUACUUCAAACCAUAUUUGAGUUAAAGUACAGGUGUCAAAAAAGGAAAUGACUUUGGUAGAGCUGAAAUUCAGCUACUCUUACUUUUUAUGAGCUGGUCCAUAAGUACCUGAUCUCUUUUAUACUGAGGUGUCAAUCUGUUUUUUCAAUGCAGUGCUUUAUUAUUAAGAACAAAAAUCAGUAAAAGGUAACAAGGUGACGGUCAGAUAUGUUAGAGUUAAAAACUUUAUGUUUAACAGUAUGUGACCAUUGAAAUGGAGUCACUAAAACACAACAUAAAUUUUCCUUUUCCGUGAAAUUUUCCAUGAAAACUUGUUAAUAUAUAAUCGUAUUUGUUUAUUUUCUUUUAUUUACUCUUGGAUAACACAAAUUCUUCAGGAACCUGUCUCAGAGCAUAUUGUUAGAGAAUGUCAUGGAGUAGAUGUGAAUUUAGACAGAAAUAAUAAGAAAAAAAAUUUAAACUGUUUCAGCCAAAUGGUGGAGACCUGAAGACAGGCUACCUGUCCAUGAUCCUGGACUCAGAGGACAUGCCCAUGGACGAGCAGUGUGAGAGGCUGACGUAUGAUGCCAACAAAUGGGAGUUUCCACGGGACAGGCUGAAGCUCGGUGAGACUCAAAACUCAAAAGAUGUUCCUCAUUAUUAAAAGAUGUUCCUCAUUUCUUACUCCAGCUUCUAGAGUGCUGGUGACACAGGCACUGGUGCUAUCUCACCUUGAUUACUGCUCUGCAUUAUGGUCAGGUGCCGACAAGAAACAUUUGUCCAAACUUCAAAUAGUUCAGAAUAAAGCUGCAAGGCUGGCAUUGCACUGUCCAUUGGGUGUAAGGCAGAGCACUGAGAGACUGCAUGCUAGUCUCUCAUGGCUCAGAGUUGAGGAGAGGUUGGCUUGUAAUUUAAUGAGUUUCUUUAGGAAUAUUUGUUUUAACAAAGAAUCUGUUUGUUUGAACUCGCAAAUACAGUAUGUGAGAGAUCGUCAUAAUUAUAAUACCAGGCAGGCUACUAGGGGUGACAUGGUUAAAGAAAAACCCAGAACAAAUGCAGUCUGCAGAUCUGUAAUGUAUCGAGCAAUUACCAUUUGGAACACAUUACCGACAAUGAUCACUGAAGCACCUAGUAAGGCUAGUUUUAAGAGACUCCUUAAAAGACACCUGACAAAUUACACUAAUCUUAAUUGUAAUCUUAACUGACUUUUAAAUUUUAGUUUAAUUUGUUUGCUGCUUGUUUUUUUCUUGUUGUUUUGUUUUUGGUUUUUUUUUUGUUUGUUUGUGGUUUGCUUUUUAUUGGACUUUUAUUGUCUUGAAUGACCUUCGCAAAACUGUACAUGUUUUAUUGAAUUAUGUAUUGUAUUGUCUUGUAUUGUAUUGUUUGUUUUAUUUGUGGACCCCAGGAAGAGUAGCUGCUACCUUGGUGGCAGCUAAUGGGGAUCCGUAUGAAUAAAGAAUAAAGAAUAAAGCCUCCAUAAUGAGGACAUUAAUUCUCUGCUAACUCUAGAUUACAGUUACAUCAGAGGAGAAAAAAUACAUUUACUUUACAUAUUAUUCAAAAGAUAAACAUUUAAAAAUGUUUUUGCUUGAAUUUUGAGUUCAGACACAAACACUUAAAUAGAAGAGAGAGCAUUAGAAAAAGAAAAAAAAAGACUAUUAGCUAGUUAAUCAAUACAAAGUGGAGUACAGUGAAAGACAGAAAUUACAAAAUUUUCUGAAAUAGUUUUUGUCAAUGGGAAACACAUUUUGUCAUUGAAGGUGACCCCUUGGGACGAGGAGCAUUUGGUCAAGUGGUUGAAGCAGCCGCCUUUGGCAUCGAAAAAGCCACAACCUGCACCACUGUAGCAGUGAAGAUGCUAAAAGGUGGGUGUUUGUCCCUCAUUUCUGUUCACAAACACACACUACCAAUGAAAGCACCACUCAAGUCUCUCUGUGUCACAGAGGGAGCUACAUCCAGUGAAUACCGGGCCCUGAUGUCAGAGCUGAAAAUCCUCAUUCAUAUUGGACAUCAUCUGAAUGUGGUCAACCUGCUGGGAGCCUGUACAAAGCCCGGAGGUGAGCGUGUGAAUUUUAUGUCCUCAGUCUGUUGUUUUGUGGCUAGAUCAUGCAGAGUUCCUGAGUAAUCUUCCUCUUCAUGGCAACCAAAUUACAAACCAUGUGAUGUGUGUUUUUUGGGCUGUCUUGUAGUUAUCUACCUUUGUCUGUAAUAUAUACCACACUUGCCUCAUUAAUCCAGUCUGUUGUCCUAGAUGGUAAAGUUGGGGCAGACUUUGAUCCCUCUAUGCCCUCCCCUUUCUGCAGGACCUCUAAUGGUGAUAGUGGAGUAUUGUAAACAUGGAAACCUCUCCAGCUACCUCAAGAGCAAACGUGGAGAGUACAGCCCCUACAAGGUAAAUAACAAGUGACCCACAAGCAGCCAGUUAAAUAGAGAAAAGCCUCUGAUGUGGCUACACCAGAGUGCUGCACAGUCCAAUCACUGACCACAGACCAUUAUACAACAAUGCACCACAGCUCCAUGCCAAGGACAAGGGCCAAAAGUUGCAGUUCCUGAAGUGCCCACUAGAGGCUUGAAACAGAAAUGUUUUUUUCUUCAUUUCCAAAGCCUUUUUUUCUGAUCCUACAUUGUAUCUUAGAUGCAAAUGAAAAUCAUUGAUGAUGCUUACUGUGUCCCCUCAUUUUAUCAUCUGUUUCUCCCUCCUAUUACUCAGAGGAAGCGGGUGAACAGUCAGAGGUGGAUGUCUGUAGAGGAGGACUUGACUGAAGGGGAUCUUGGUCUUGGGAAGAUUGCUCAACUGGAUAUUUGCACAGGAACAGCCAUCUGCUCCAUAGCUGGAGACCGAGAGUCAGGCAGCAACAUUGUCACCAGUGACGGUGAGGACAACUCAGAACAACCAGCUUCACAAUUUUAUUUGCUUUUAGACAUGUAUGGUGUUGUAAAUCACAUGUAUCAUGUGACCACAGAGAGCUCUGAUGAUGACCACCUGACCAUGGAGGACCUGAUCAGCUACAGCUUUCAGGUGGCCAAAGGCAUGGAGUUCCUGUCCUCCCGCAAGGUGAAACUGGGAUUAUCUACAAAUCUUUGGUUGUACUGUGAAUGUGCUGUAAACAUCCAACCUUUUGGAAAAUAGUGGCUCUUUAAAUGUGAUUUCCUCUGUUUCUGUCUGCUCUCCAGUGUAUCCACAGAGAUCUAGCAGCCAGAAACAUCCUGCUCUCAGAGAACAAUGUGGUGAAGAUCUGCGACUUUGGCCUUGCCAGAGAUGUCUACAAGGACCCAGACUAUGUCCGCAAGGGAGAUGUGAGUCCACCUUGAAAAAUAUAGGAUGAGGCGCUUUUAGAUUUUACAGUUCUUAGUGAUUCUUUCUCAAACUACUAUCAGAAGAAUCUUGGAUUCUCAGCACCAUUGGUAGAAAUGUGUCAACAAAACAAUGCUACUGGAAACUGUAUAGAUGCAGGUUUGUGGUUUAUUAUGGAUUUUAUGAAAACAACAAAGUCAAAACUGAGAAUUCGGACUCAGCAGUUUUGUCUAAUUUGUUGUAUUAUGAUCCGGUUUUAGGGCUAUCCAACAAGCUGUUGCACAGGUGUCUAAGGAUGACGUUUUCUAGGUCGCACUGGUUCAUGUUUUCUUCUCAGUAAAAAUGGAUUACACUCCUGAAGUUGCUCAUUGUUGGAAGUAUAAUUAUUGCGAUCAUAAAAAAAUUGGAAAUAAAGCAUGAAACUGCACUUUAACUGUCUCCACAGACCAAGCGCGCAAAUGAAUUACUUGUUAAGUCAAUGCAAAGACAUGAUCAGAAGCUCCUACUACUCUGGUGGCGCGAAUGACACGAAUUGGGUGGGAGUUGAAAAUGUCUCAACUUGGGUAGAUAUUUGCGUGGCGAUAAGUACUCAGCAUGAAGGUUGCCAAGUAACAUAUGAAAAUGGAUGGUUUUUCACUGGUUUCUUAAAAUGGAGGACAAACUGAUCAUGUUGGUGAGUGAGGAGGUCAGAUUACCUGGAAAAUUGUAAAAAACCUUUGUCUAUCACUUGAUCCCGCCAUUUGAAUCGGCAAGGAUUACUGUUGAAUUUACUGUCGGUGUGCGAAUGCAGCGAGUAAAUACAAUUCAUUCACGCAUCUAGAUUUGCGCGAAUCAAGCGAGUAGAUGAUUUUAGUUGCGCUUGGUGUGAGCGCCCCCUAAAGGUGUGCUCCAACUAAAGCAAAAAAAACUUUGCAGGUUGUGCUCAUAGUCAAAAACAAAAUUAACAACAAAAAACAAAACUUUUUUGCAUUUGCUUGAUGCACAGGAUUUCUAUUAAUGCAGUAAGCUUGAUUUCAGCCAACAUGUCAUGUAUUAGAUACAGUGAAAAUAUGACUCGGUGGAGACAGAUGGACAGACCCUCCUCUGCUGAAACAGAACACUGGUACAAAUUGAAGAUAGGCCUCCUUUUUAGUCUGAACAUGCCUACAAACUUUAAAAGUUUCACAGAACAAGGUCAUCAAGUUGAAGUUUCUCCAAACUUAAAACAUCCAAAGAUUAUAAUUUUUUUAAAUAACACUGAAACAAGCAUUUUUAUUCCCCAAAAGGCUCGACUCCCACUAAAGUGGAUGGCUCCUGAGACAAUUUUUGAUCGGGUGUACACCACACAGAGUGACGUUUGGUCCUUUGGGGUCCUUCUCUGGGAGAUCUUCUCUCUGGGUAAGAGAGAAAUCCUCAGUAAAUAAAUAUAAACUGCAUUGUAACCCUGGAUUAUCUGCAAUAACACCUCCUUUGAAAUUCUUACAGGGGCAUCUCCAUAUCCUGGUGUUUGUAUCGACGAGUCUUUCUGCAGGAGGCUGAAGGAGGGGACACGGAUGAGACCGCCUGAAUACGCCACCUCAGAGAUGUGAGAUGACCUGACGUAGUUAAUCACAUCAGAGAGGUGUAGUUCACACUCAUGUCUGACUGGAAUCUUGUGGUCUUCACAGAUAUCAGACCAUGUUAGACUGCUGGCUGGAUCGUCCCACAGACAGGCCAACGUUUGCAGAGCUGGUGGAGCAUCUGGGCAACCUGCUCCAAGCCAGCGCUCAGCAGGUUAGUCUGGAUCUGGAUAAGCCUCUCUUGCAUGUAAAUAAGACUUCAGACUUUGAAUAUUUCAACUGGAUUCAAAGCAGAAAAUGUAAAAGCUCCCUGUAAGGACAUGAAACAGUUAUGGAGGAAUAAAUCUCACAGGAAGCAGGUGCAGCAAUGUCAACAGUCUAUAAUCUGAUUCUGAUCAAAGGCCACUGCUUCCCUCAGUAAUAUCCCAGAGUCCUUGCCUCUCUUUGAGCAAUUGUUUAAGCUGCUCCCUGUUUACCAGCAUACAUGCAGCUCUGAGUUCAUGCUAACUGACUGAGUUCUGCCAAGUCUUUCUGGGAAAUGUAGGAAGUUGACAGAACAGGCAGGCAAACAUUCCCAUCAGAUAAAGCUGAUUACAUCACGAUCACAAGAAUAGAAAGUGUUGUCAUACAUUUUAUUUCACCUUCAAUAAUAGUAACAAAGCAUUUAUUGUAAGUCUUGCUGGGUUUUUACAUUUCCUUUUUUGUACUUCUACUCAACUACCUGUCAGACUGGAGUACACUUAUAAUGUUGAUGGUAAUAACUUGACAAAUGGAGAAUAAAACUUCUUCUUCUAGCUUCUUGUCUCUGAAGGCCACCGUCACUUUACCAAGGGGAGGGAUGAGCGAGGGAGCAUUUUAAAUCUACAAUCUGACAGCUAGAAAUUACUAUACAUCCCCAUUCCUACAAGCUGUACCUUUAAGGCAAUGUUACAAAGAGAAAAUUAGCACAACAGAUGAAAUUGUAUUUAAUGGCAUCGGCAGUGGUUCUACACCAGAAAAUUACACAUAAAGAGUGUGGUUAUUCUGUCUUUUAUUGACCCCCCACUGCCAUUGUUGUUAAAAAGUCGAUACCCAAAGUCCAGCCCCCUUUUGAUUUAGAUUGGUCAGUGAUAGAGACAUGACACCAAUGAAAAAGUGUAAUUAUUUAUUAAGUAGGACUGCUAAGGACACAGCAAUAAAAUAAUCUGAUACUAAAAACACUGAACUGCUUUGUUUUUGUAGAGGCCAUGCCAGCUCAAAAAUGCAGGCAGUGGACACAGGCCCUUAUCAUACUCUACUGUGAUUUCAUUCCAAAUGAUGAUCACCAUUUCUUCUGUGCUCAAACAUUUUACCGUCAAAAUCUUGACUUUUCCACAAGCCAUAAAUGCCUCUUUAGUAACACCUGCUGUUUUGACUGAAACUUUGAAUGCAACUGAAAUAAUGUUUACUCAUACAAAACCAACAAAUCUUAGGCAAGACUUAAGAGAGAGUAUGAGUUCAUUAUCAGAAAAUAAUGGACAGUCUACACCCAAAGAACUUUAAAUGGAGUAUUGCAUACCAUCUUACACUAUAUUAUCUGAUAAGACAAGAUAAUUAGAAUAAUCCUAAAAUGAGCCACUCUGCAAGAAGAGGAUGUACUUUUUACUUUUGUGCUUUAAACAGUUUUGAUUGAAAUAAAUGUAUUCUUUUGUUGGGGUAAAAAGUUAAAAGAUAAUCUGCAAGUUAGUAUUGAAACUUGUAUUUGAAUCUUUAAUCAGAGUACUUCUUUCACCUGUGAAUCAGACUUAUUAGUCCAUACCUCUCCCUAUGUCUGUACAGUGAAUUGAUCUUGAAUGUAUUUGACGUUGUGAUGUUUUGUUGUUCUGCAGGAUGGGAAGGACUACAUCCCUCUGACAGCAGGAGCAGAGGCAGAAGGAUUGGCUUUGACCUCUGACCCCAGGAGACCCUACAGCAGGCCUCAGAGUGGGGAAAUCCUAGAAGCUCAGCUUCAUUACGACAGCCCGCCAUCCCUUGGGUAAGCAUGAUGAUCCUGCUCACUUAAGUUAUGAAAUUUAUAAUAGUCAGAAAUGGUCAGUAGGGAGUGCUGACCAAUCACGUGUCUCCUUUGUGCAGACUGUCUCAGCAGAGCGAACUGUGCAGCCGACCGCUCAGCGUAAAGACGUUUGAGGACAUUCCUGUUGCCAUCAGCAGUGUCAUGGUGAGACACUGACAGUGUCAAUGGAUGGAUGGAUGAAUGGAUGGAUGGUGGAUGUGUGGGUGUAAUGUUGUAUUGGGAUGCAUUGAAGAACUGAUGAAUGAAGGGAUGGACAGAUGGUCAAAUAACAGAUGGAUUGAAUCAUUAUGGAUUGUCAGAUAAUCGAAUUGAGGACAUCCAGACUAAUAGUUAAAAGCAGGAUACAUCGAAGACAAAGGAUAAAGGAAGGAUGAUGGAUGCACAAUCCGUGGAUGAAAGAUAGUUGAUAGAUGAUGAAUGGAUUGAUUAACAAAAAGUGGUAUGAUAGAUGAGUGAAUGAUGGUCGGGGGUGGUGAAUGAAUGUUUCUUCUUUUUGGACCCAGCCACCAGUGUUAAAAUCAGCUCCUCUUUCCUCUCCAGGAGGGUCACACUGACAGUGGGAUGGGCUUCUUAUCAGAGGAGGUAAAGCAGCUGUCCACUACACCGAACUUCAGGUGAGGCCUCUGAAACUGAUUUAGCAUUCCUCAGAAUAACUCAUAACUUAAAAAAAAAAGAUCUGUUGUUAAAUAAAGAUCCCUUUUACACUCUGUCCCCUCAGUCAACUGCUGCGCUGCAAGAGCAAAGAGUCUCUGGCCUCUGAGACGUCCAAUCAGACGAGUGGAUACCAGUCUGGGUACCACUCAGAUGACACAGACACCCCGAUCUACGCCAACGAGGAGGUGAUCAUGAAGCAUAACAGGCUGAAGAAACCUCCACUGCCCAAAACACCAAACAAAUUUAACAUGGAGAUCCGUUAUAGCACGCCACCCGUCUGACCAACGGUGAAAUCCUGAGUCAUCUCACUGUACAGUAUCUGUUUAUUACACUUUAGGAACUAUGACCACACAUGCAAAAGAGUUCUCUGUGGUGUUGAGUUUUUGUACAAGGUAUAAUUUAAAGGGAUUCUGGUAUUUUAAAACCCAAGCUCUUUUUUGGGUGGGGUGGGUGGGGGGUCUACUUGACUAAUAGGUAUUAAAGUUGUGGAACUGAUUUAAUAGACUGCAUCAGCCUGCAGCUAUAAAACAAGCUGCAAUGGCUUCAACAUAAUCCCUGUCCAAAUGUUCCCCAUUGGAGUAUGUCUACUAAAAUUGCUUGCUCAGAUUGUUGUUGUUAAGUAUCUGACUGAACAACCUCACAGAAUACAGGAGUUGCUGGUUCACUUCUGGAUAUUUUUGUGCAUGUAUGUGUGCUAUUGAAAAUAGAUAUACAGUUGGGUUAAAUUAUAUUUUUGCCAAGGGCCCCAACAGCCUCUAUAAUCCCAACUAAACAUCUAGCCUCUUACUGCAGCUGCACAACAGUGUUUUACCGUCAUUAUGCUUCUGAACUUCAAAAUGACACCCCAAAAUGGCAUAACAUUGGUGCACCAGUGUUUGAGUACACAUUGCAACACAUAGUUUUGGAAGCACAAGAGGAUGGGCUUACAAAAUUACUGCAGGAUCUCCACAUACAAACUGUGCUGUUACGCCUUGCUUACUCUCGCGCCACACAUCACCACCUUCUUUCCCCUCUUUCUGCCACCAUCAUUACCUUCAGAGGAGGAUUAGAGACUAAACAAUCCUGUGUUCUGGUAAGAAGGAAGAACAUGUCGUCAGUCUGAGAGCUCCACAAGCCUUAAUGCUCCUGCAGAUACUUUGGCUCCAAAACAAAAUGUCAGCUCACUGCAGUGUUUUGGCUUCACUUUUUAAAACCUGGAAACAUGGAAGCAUGCAUAUUAACCCCCAAAGUCAGUGGGAUCAAUCAGAAAAUAUUGUCUUCCAUAUCAAUGAGAGACUCUCUAAAAAAGCAUCUCUCUUCUGCAGUGAAAUUUACUAACAAUGAGGUCAGAGUGAUGUAAAAGCUGAUAAUGAUUAGUAAAAAUCUUUCCCCCUUUAAUCAAGGUCCAUCUCUGCAGUACUUAUCCUGCCCGUAAUGUUAAAAACUUAAAAUAACAACCUGAGCCUGUUAUUUUCAAAACAAAGCACUCUUAGUGGAAGUAUUUUGAUUGGGCACAUUUGCUUCAGGGUGAAGCUGAAGCCAUUACAGCCUGUUUCAAGGCUUCUUGCUGGUGCGACCUAAAGGAGCAGUACCACAAAUAUUCUGUACCUGUUUGUCAUUACGACACUUGGACAUGUCAGACAUAGCCAGGGUAUAAAAACAGACCGCAAACAGAGCGCCCCUUUAACAAGUCACCUCAGGAGAAUGUAGGUCGAAUGAUCGGUGUGUGAGAGCUGCUCUCUAUGGAGGAACGCUAUCAUGUUUACACAGCGACUAAAAGGUCUGGGAAGCCGAGACACAAGGACACGCCUACUUCCUGAGGCGCAAUCCACCCACUUCUUGUAUCGCAGGAAAUGGCAUGUGGAAUUUUUAGGCAAUUGAAGCAGCAAAUGUUUUCUUUCUUUGUCUUUUAUUUUCUCUCUUGUUGGCAGAUAAAACGCCGGCUAAUAAGGCGGCUCUUACCGUGUUUGUAGUCACAUUUGUACAGUUCUUUGUUACAUAUAACUGACAGUAUUUUAUUAAAGUGUAUUACUAAACCUGACCCAAAUGUACCUAGUUUUCUAAAAUAAAAAUACUCACAGAUGAAAACUUCUGCCUUCUA